UUUGUUUUUGUGACAUCGAUCUUUGAGCUCAUUCUUCGUCUUCACUUCUGAAACCAUGAUGUUGAGCCGACUUGGUGGCGUUUCUCGCCUCGCGGGCAUCCUCCCUUCCGCCGUCGCUACCGCCGCACCCGCGACCGCCGCCGUGACCCCGGCUCGUGGCAUGGCCACUCUCAAGGAGAUUCGCAACCGCCUCAAGUCGGUCCGCAACAUUGAGAAGAUCACAAAGUCCAUGAAGAUGGUCUCCGCAGCCAAGUUCGCCCGUGCCGAGAAGAACCUCCGCACUGCCCGCGUUCUCGGCAGCGCCGUCCAGUCGCUCUUUGAGAAGACCGACUUGGCCAAGCGCCCCGCCGGCAACAACCAGCUCUUUGUCGUCAUCUCGUCGGAUCGUGGUCUCUGCGGCGCCAUCCACUCGUCCAUCUCCAAGAAGGUCAAGCAAGAGGUCGGCCAGAGCACCCCCGACAACCUCAAGUUUGUCAUUGCCGGUGACAAGGCACGCACCAUCCUCGCCCGCACCCACGGCAAGCACAUUCUCAUGCAAUUCGCAGAGCUUGGCAAGCGUCCCCCAACUUUCGACGAGGCCACCCUGAUUGCCCAGCAGAUUCUUGCUUCCGGCUACAAGUUUGACUCUGGCAAGAUCUUGUACAACCACUUUAGGACUGUCAUCUCGUACGAGCAGCGUGCCCUCCCUCUGCUCAGCUUUGACGCCCUCGCCGAGGCCCCCGAGAUUGUCUCGUACGAGCUCGACGACGACGUCCUGCAAAACUACCAAGAGUUUACCCUCGCCAACACCAUCUACUACGCCAUGCUCGAGUCGUCGGCAUCAGAACUCUCUGCCCGCAUGUCUGCCAUGGAGAACGCCUCCAAGAACGCCGGCGAGAUGAUUGGCAAGCUCACCCUUACCUUCAACCGCACUCGUCAGGCCGUCAUCACUGGCGAGCUCAUUGAAAUCAUCUCGGGUGCCUCCGCCCUCAACUAAGCCCAAAAAAACAACAAUUUCAAGCAUCAACAUACUCUGGCGCAUCACACACACAUGUGUGCGUGGGGCGUUCGUCUGCGAGUGUGUUUAUUGGUUGUUUGAUUUCUUUUUGUCUGUUGUUUUGCGAGCAUGUUUGCCUCCUCCCUUUCGUCCUCCUUAUUCCCCCCUCAUCUCCCCCGUGAUCCAUUCACCGUUCCCUCAUUUUUCCAAAACAGUCGAGUCACUGUUUGGAUGUUGUUUCUGCUCCUGGCUGUGUAAUUUUUUUUCUUUGUGUGUCUGUGACUAGUGCCAAAUACAAUUUUUGGAAUCUUGCACCGCCUGGGCGCACUUUGGUAAAUACUG